GAGCAUUAUAUGUAUUGGAUUCAAUAUCACAAGCGGCACAGAGACAAAAGACAUUGGUUGCAGAAAAAGAUAGCGAUGGUUCUGUUUGGUCAGGAGCUGAAUAUCUUGAAAGGUUUGAGAAAAUAUUGGAAGAAAUGUUCUUACACAUUAUGCAAUGUCCAGAACACGAUAAGGAAAAAGUGAAACGUGUUCUUGACAUAUGGCUUACCAAAGAUGUCAUAUAUGACAAGGAUUUAAUUCGAAAAAUAAAAGAUACCUAUUUUUCUCAAAGAACUGUGACAAAUCCUUUAGAAAACAAUGUGCAUGAGUCUCAGUCGAUAACAACACCAGUAUCACAUGGAGGUGAUCCGCGAAUGGUUUCUGUGCCAAAUCAGCCAAGCAUGUCGAUGUCAACAGCUUUGGAUUCUUCAGCUUUAUUAGCUACAUUAAACAAUUUAACUCAAGGAACUUUGAAUAUACCUCCUUUUUUGUCAUCAAAUCCAAUAACUGCUGCUACAACGCAACCUAUUAACCCAUCCAUCGCUUUUAAUAAUGUUGCUACUAACACGCAUGCUGUUACUCCACAGUUUCCUAAUAUUCCACAACCUUCUGUUCCUACGAGUAAUGGCUUUUUACAAUCUCCAGCAUCUUCAUCUAAUUACCAAUCACAAACUAUCGCAAAUAAUACUGAAACAACUAAAACAAAAGAAUCUUUAAACGAUCCUCUUGAUUUUGAUUAUGGAGAUAUGGAUGAAGAUGAUGACGGAGACAUAACACAAUCAGGUGCAAAUGGUGAGAUAAAUAAUACUACUAAAGAGGCAAUCCUGACGAAUUCUAUAAACGUGAAACCUAUAAAUGUAAAUCAAUCGGCAGCAUCCGCAGCAUCAUCAAUGCCUCAGGAUCAAAACCAAAAUAUGGCCAAUCAAUAUUUUCAACCGUCUCAAGGAAAUCAAACUAAUUCUUCACAAUCGGUACCACCGCCGCCAACGUCGGCUGCACCAUCGCUAUUAAUUCCUGGCCAGCAACAACAAAUUCCUACUACUAAUAAUGCUAUGGCACCAUAUCCCAUACCGCCUCCUCAAAAUCAAUAUCAACAACCACCACCAUUUCCUACUCAGCCAUGGAAUGGUCAACAAGGGCUUCUUCCUCCUCAGCCAUGGAACCCGAUUCCUCCACAACAGCAUGCACCGCCGGAACAUUUUCCGAAUAACCCGGCACCUCAAGGUUACCCAAUACCCCCUCCGGGUCACCCAUUACCUCCUCCGGGUCAUCCGUUACCACCUCCGGGACAUUCUAUGCCUCCAGGUCCACCACCUCCAGGACAUCCUUUACAUCAAGGUCCUCCGGGUCCACCACCAGCAGGUCUUCCUGUUCAACAUCAAGGACCUCCACCUGCACAUAUGUUACAACACCAAGGUCCUCCAGGGCCACUUCAUCAAGGACCGCCUGGACCAAAUCCUCAAGGACCACCUGGACAUCUAGAUCUUUCUGCUGCAAUACAACAAGACGAUUGUAUAGCAUAUGCAGAUCCGAACGUUGGAAGAGAUUUUAUUAAAGCACUUCAAGGUCUUAAAAUGCAAGUAAGCCAGAAGGGUAAACAAAAUUGCAAGAUCACAGUGGUACGUUGGGGCGUAGGUUUUGGACCAAAAAAUUGCUUUGAUUUUGACUCUGGAGAAUCUUUAAUUCCUCUUAGCAGACUUACAGAAACAGAUCGUAAAUGGCUGUUUACUAGUGAAAAAGGUGGUACUGGUGGAAGGGAUAUAGUUGGUGGAAUUGUGGUUGAGGAACCGGACAUUGUAAUUGGUGAAGGGUUUUCAAGUGGUUCUGGAAAUAAAAAAUUAGGACCUCAACAUGAAAGUUCGCGUAAAGAAAGGCGCAGAGGACACGAUAAAGGUGAUCGAUCAUCCAAUUCAUCAGAUUCUAGAAAGUACUCGGAUGCAUCCUGGGAAGGAUCAUCUCCCAGACGUCAUGCAAGUAAAUGGGGAGAUGCAUCAAAUGAUUCUCCUUUUCAAGGAACAGCAUCUCCUCCUUCACAAGAACAUUUGCCCUCGCAACAACGCUCACAUUCGUUUUCUCCAGGUUUAUCACCACGAACUCCUGAUCAUUUGCCACAAUCGGAAUUUGGUAAUUCUACUUUACCAACACAAGAACAACUUUUCCAGCAAAGACGGGAACAAACUCCACAACAUACUCAUAAAAGGGAUUAUUUUACUUCUCAUGGAGAUACACCAGCUCGUGAAGGUAAAAAAACUCGAUGGGAUAAAUGA